AAUAAAUUAUCCAUAUGUAUUAAAAAUAUGCAUAAACUUGUGUUACCAUCGGAAGUACUGUUAUUGACUAUGAAAAACAUAGACUGGACAUUAAAUGGGGCUUGGUCUUUGAGGGUCUGAAAUACCGACCGGGAAAAAUAUCACUGGCUAUUAGCACACUCUACGCAUCAACAACGGAUAGUUGGAGAACUACAUUCAGCAAAACGAAGGAGGUUGGUCAAGAAGUGAUUACAGCGCCUCACCACGGUGAAAUACGGAACAUUCUUCCUAUGAUCCUCGAAAGUAAAUCGAUAUUUCUCAUAAUCGAAUUUUAAGCGGGAGAGCAGAGCUUUAAUGGCGGAAGGAAGUACACGUCAUCUGUAAAGAAGGAAAUGUUAUCCAGGACAAUCAUCGAAAAAAAUUGCCAGCCAGAAGAUGUCAGUAGGUCUGGAAACUCGAGUAUACAAUUUCAAAACAACGACACAAACACUGUUUGUGUUCGUUCCGAUUGUCGUGCCUGUUCAUACGGUAUCGCCUCAUCCCCUACUACUAUAUUUUCUCAAGUGCUGCACGAGACGUGUCAAGGAGAGUCAUUUGGCUGUCGAAUUUCAUGACAACAACACGCAUUACGUCGCGUUAGUUUUUCCUUCCCAGUCGUCGAUUUCACUGGUAUGGUUACCGGCAGAUCUUCUCGUUAUUCCUUGAUUACAGAGGCAGCAUGGAUGUGCAUGGACUCCAUGAUCAUUUAUGGACAAUCUAAUGAACUUCAAUCACGGAAACUUUGUAACAUUUUAUACAUUUUGAGUAGCAUUUGGUACCCAAUACAAUUUAUAUAUAUUUGGCAUACAAUUUAUAUAUUUUUCCGGAUACUGACAUACAAUUGAAAUGUUUCAAUGCAAGAUUUCACACGCGUUUUUUAUGGUAUUACUUCCUGAAUGCAUUCAGCUAUGAAAUUUUGAUUUGACAUUUUCGAAUACU